AUGACAAUGGAAAAAUCAGUAAACAUCGAUAAUUAUGAAGCGCUCCCCGCAGAUGGCUCUCAAAUCCGCCUGGUGACAAUCCACCAAGGAGAGGAAGACGAAGAUAUUGAAUGCACUCUUGAGAAUUUCCCCUUCAUUGAAAAUAUAGACAGCCAUGAGUACGAAGCUCUCUCAUACGUAUGGGGCGACGCUUCUAGCACAGCUUUUAUAUCCCUUAACAAAAAACCGUUCCAAGUAACAAGAAACCUCGAAGCUGCCCUGCGCGCAUUGCGACUUCGAGACAGAAAGAGGCUUGUUUGGAUAGAUGCAAUAUGCAUCAAUCAAGCCAACGUUCAAGAGCGAAACCAAGAGGUCAGUCGAAUGGGUAAAAUCUAUAGCCAGGCCGGGCAUGUCAUUGUGUGGUUAGGUCCAGAUACCUUCAUUCGGGGCGAAUGUGUCUCUGACAAGACAAUCGACCUAUUGAACUUAAUAGCCGAUACAAAUCCCCAAGAUCCCGAAGCUGCAGCUACAAUAAUGACUAAAAUGGACAAGUCACUAUACGGGCUAGAAUUACUGCACAAGUUUUUCUUCCAACCAUGGUACACUCGUGUUUGGAUACUUCAAGAGAUUGUGCUGGCAAAGUCUGCGACGGUCGUUUACGGAGACCGAUUGAUGGAUUGGGAUCGAGUUCUAGAAGCCGUAGACUCUCUACGUAGGCUCCAAAUUGGUCAAAACACUCAUAUUUGGCGAUUGAGCGGCGCGUCGAGAGUGGAUAGUAUACAGAGAUGUUGGAUGCGGGUUCGCACUGCCAAGUCGCGUGACACACCUCGCCGGCCAAUCUACCUUGAGCUGGUUGAGUUACUCUGGCAGACUCGCUUCUUUGAGAAGAAAGAGCCUAGGGAUAGGUUAUAUGGAAUUCUGGGAUUGUUGAAAGGCGAUGCGCAAAAUGAAAAAUUGCUCGAAGUCGACUAUACGAAACCAGUUGCAGAUAUUUUUAGGGACUUGGCCGUUUUUCUACUCAAGGGAGGUUUGCUGUCCCACGCUCUAUGUGCCGUGGCAAAUUCUAUGGAAGGCUUACCAUCGUGGGCAUCGACGUGGACUGCCGAAUUAGAGGGUGAUGCAGCUUCGAAGCUUUCGACUGGCCUUAUGACCUACAUGCAAAUUCACGAGCUGAAGGGGAUACAACCACCGCUAAACCCACCGCGUUUCUCGGAUGAUCUACAUCGGGUCACGAUCAAAGGACACGUCUUUACUCCAAGUAUCCAACAUACGGGCAAAAGCUUCAAAUCGGGUACACCUCAAAUCGCAAACUUGAAUGACUCGAUUAGAGUCUGUCAUAGACGACUUAUUGAAUGGGAAGACGAGAUGGAGUGCCAGGGUUGUUCACGCCAAAAAUUCACAACGAAAGCUCAGCGGCGUAAGGCAUGGAAGUGCGCACUAUUUCACGAGCUGCCGGGGGAUGAGACCGAGACGAGCGAAAACUACGAUCUACUAACUAAUCGCAACAGAAGAGCGCCAUUGGCGAAUGAUGGCCCUUUAAUAGUACGCGCUAUUGUAGAUUUAAAUUCACAGUUGGGAAUUUAUUGUAACUUCCGCAAGCCUUUCGUUACAGCAUCGGGUCUAAUGGGAAGUACGGGGUCAAACAGGAAUGUUCACAUUGGAGAUAAACUCUGCGUAUUCGUGGGUUCUGCGGUGCCUUACAUACUACGGCCUGUUGGUCGGUCUAAAAAGCUAUAUCAGUUUGUUUCUUGCUGUUGGGUACCAGAGCUUAUUGAUCUAGACAUGGUUGAAGGACAAAGGAAGGGACUUUGGCAACUUCAAGAUAUCACUCUUAUUUGAUUAAAUACCUAGGUAGAAACUAAAGUCUCAUGAGCCGAACUGCAAAUAAAAAAAGGGGGAUUUUACGUCGUCUUAUCGUUUUGAGCAGUCUUCUUGUAGUAUGCCUAAGGUUGAUAACUGUGACCGUCAUCACGAUAGUUAUAUUUAAGGAGUUUGGGCAUUCUGCUUUGCCGUUUGCUGCCUUCGGCCCUCCUCUUUCAGUUUUUCAUCAUCAGGGCGGCUAAGUUCGACUUGUGGCAUCAUGAACCAAGCAAGGACGAAUGCAACAGCAGCCAGAGAUGCUCCUACAAGGAAUAUCACUCUGAAUCCUUGGCGGUAUGCAGGUACAAGGACCGAGCGGAUCUUUAACGCCUCAUCAAGAGGCAAAGACGACAAGUAGGAUUGUGGGCCGUUGAGGAGAUUUUUAACAUCGGCGCCGUCAAUAUUUA